GUCAGUUGGCUGUUCUCGUUCCGAUCCGAGCAGGAGCGCACAACCGUCGGUCGGCACCCCAGACCGGCGGCCACGCCAUGUAACGCUGGCUGCAAUGCACGGCACCAACAAAUGAACAUGCACGAAAUGCUUUCACCCAGGGUUUCAGAAUAUCAAACCCCGGCUGUUCGCUCAACUACUCGCUGUAAGAAGAGCAGAACAGACUCCAUGGCGGUACACUAA